GAUCCCUUCUUCCCCAGAAGAACAGAAUUGUUUCCGUUUGAUUGUUGCGCUGCAUACACAGAAAGCUUGAAGAGAUGGCAUCGUCCAUGUCAGAGGACCAGUUCCUGUGCUCCAUCUGUCUUGGUGUUUUCACCAACCCAGCCACAAUCCCGUGUGGACACACAUUUUGCAAGCCUUGUCUCGAGGCCUAUUGGAACACUAGAGGAGACCCUGCAAUCUGUGCUCUGUGCAAGACUAGCUUCACACCAACCCCCAACAUCCAGGUCAACAUAGUCUUGAGAGACCUUGUGGAAAUCUUCAAGGGGGCAAGUGGAGGAGGGGACGAGGCCGUCGACCAGCCGACUGUGGCUCCUGGAGAGGUCUCCUGUGACGUAUGCAUAGGAGACAGGGUGCCCAAGGCCGUCAAGACCUGCCUGGUGUGUUUGUCAUCGUACUGCCUGGAGCAUGCAAGGGUCCACAAUGCCCGGUUUUCCAGGCACCAGCUAGUCAGGCCCCUGGCUAACCUGGAGGAAAGGAUGUGUCCGACCCACAACAGGCUCCUGGAGCUUUACUGCCGCACUGACAAGACCAUGCUGUGUGUGGCGUGUGACGCUCACCAGGCGCCGGCCCACCAGGUUGUGUCGAUGCAGGUAGAGUUCUUGGCUCAGAAGGCUCAGCUGGCUAAAGACCAGACAGUGGUCAAGGAGAAGCUGAAGGCCACUCGGAAUGAGGCAGAGAAAUUAAACUCUUCAGUCCUACUCUGUGAGAAUAAAGCAGCGAGGCAAAUCGAGUUUGUGAAUGAGUUCCGCCUAGCCCUGGUCAGCAAGGUGAGGCUGAUUUACGAUCGCUACAACACUGAGGCCUCGAGGAGAGUGGACGAGCUGGUGAGGACAGCUUCCCAUUGGAACCGUGCGCUUGAAGAAGACAUCACAGCUCUGAUGAGCAGAGUUUUUGCACUGGAGCGGGUGAUUGGCUCCUCAGACUCCUUUGAGCUUCUUAAUAAUCUUCCCUCUCUCCCUCCUGCUCCUCCAGAUGGCAUCAGAGGACCAUGCAGCGUCAACAUCCCCACAGAUCUACUGGGGAACCUUGUGGAGGAUUUCAUGCAAAACAUUGCCAAACUACCUAAGAUGGGCUACUUGACUACAAACGGCAAUGCUGGCUCAGAGAUUGCCUUGGUUAAAGAGUUCACAGUUGAGGUGACUCCUGACCCCAGCACAGCCCACCCAUCGCUGCUGUUCAGAAGGGGGUCCCAUGGUUGUGAGAUUCGGGUGGACCGGAGCAAGAUGGCUAGGAAGUUCCCCCUGUCGGCCCAGCGCUUCACCCAGGUGCCUUGCGUCCUCGCCACCCAGGGGUUCAGCAGCCAUCGAGCCUACUGGGAGGUUGAGGUGGAGGACUGGGAUGGAAAUGGAUCUGAUGUGUGGUUUAUAGGUGUGGCAACUGAGUCCUCCAUGACUUCUCAAGGGGUGAGUCUCACCCCUGAGAAGGGGUUCUGGGUCCUGGUACAUCGUGAGGGGAGGCUUUGGCCCAACCCUAUCCCCAACCCUGCCACCAACCCUUUGGCCAUCGUAACACAAAUGAGGAAGGCACAUGUGGGUGUGUACUUCGACGGGCGGAAGCGACUCGUGUCAUUCUACGACAUCCAUCUCGGUCAUCACCUCUACACGUACAACCACGUGCCAACCAAUGAAAGACUCUUCCCUGUCUUCAGCCCUGACUUCUUCCGUUCUGCAUUCAAACCUGCCAACCACGCCAUGAUUGUUAGAACCCACACUGCCACAAACCACCAAUGUGGACGAUGAUGCUCAUUGACAGUCCAAUCCUUUUGGGGCAGAGUUCUUGUCAGGAUCAUUAGAAAAUGGUGAAUUCAAAAAUGUUUUAAAGAGGUAUUGUUCUACGAAUGUUUCUUGUGUGU